AUGGCUGCCAGCAACGAUCUCCGGGGGUGGGUGAUGAGCGCUGUCUCAGGCGUGGCAUGUGUCCUCGGAGCUACCGUCAUCUGCGCCGAUCUGAUAGUGCGGCGAGUCACCAACGAUAAGACAUUCCAGAUCGCCAACAGCAAUAAUUUCCUGUCGGCCUCACUAUGUCUGAGUGCUGGUGUGAUGCUCUUCACCUCUCUGUAUAGCAUGCUCCCCACGUCGAAGGAGUACCUCACCCGCGCCGGCUUCUCCCCCUCCGCAUCUGCAUACACUUUGAUCGGUCUGUUUCUCACUGGUGUCAUUAUCAUCCGGGUUGUAUCUGGUUUUAUUCACCGCUUCAUCCCAUCGCAUGUCGUCGAUUGCGCACAUAGUCAUUCUCCGGAGCAAGAUCCCGAGCGUGGCGAAGCUCAACCGGGACAGCAUGAUCAUGCACAUAUCAAUGGUAGCACGGAGCGGACCCCUCUUUUGCGACCGACACAAACUAAAUCUUUCAAAUCAACCCCGGCCGUACUACAACGGACGGAGCCGGCUGCAAGGACCGCCAAGCGGGAAUCGUUGCGCGCCAUGCUAAGUCGCCGGUUCAGCUCUCUUGUGGGUGGUGUCAAGACUGUAUGCGACGAGAAUGGACCAUGCUACGGGUUUUCGCAGACAUGUGGCCAGGAAUGUAUCAAGGUGCUCCCCAAAGCUAGUCCGCCGCCGAGCAUCCAUACCAAUGAGGUCACGCGGCCGUUCUUGCCGCAACAUCAGAGUAUCGCCGUACAACUAGAUUCGGAGCGAGACCCUGCGGUGGAUAUGCCCAUUGACUCUGGUUUGACUGCGUCCGAUACGGGGUACUUUGAUGAGAUCUCUAAUCAGCAUCUCAUCCAUGAAGUUAGUGGAACGGCCUUUUCUGCCUCGUCACAGGUACAUCACCAUCAUUUGGAUGACCCUAGCCAUCACCACACAACCAAUUUCUCCCAUCACAGUCAUCAUCAUGACGUCCAUGAGGACCACGAUCACGAUCAUGACCACGCUUCUAGGCAUGCAGCAGAGAGUGUACAUCAUCACCAUGUCCCACAAAACGCCUUCCUCUCCAUUGGUCUUCAAACCUCGCUUGCCAUCGCCUUGCACAAACUCCCUGAAGGAUUUAUCACAUAUGCGACUAACCAUGCCAGCCCAACUCUUGGAUUGACUGUGUUCCUUGCCCUGUUUAUUCAUAACAUCGUGGAGGGCUUUGCCAUGGCACUACCCCUCUACCUAGCUCUUGGCUCACGUUGGAAAGCCAUGUUCUGGUCCAGUCUUCUUGGUGGAAUCAGUCAACCUGCCGGCGCUGGCAUCGCUGCCCUGUGGAUUUGGACAUCAGGGCACACUGGUAAAGAUACGAUGGGACCGUCUUGGGGUGUGUACGGAGGCAUGUUUGCCGCUACUGCCGGCGUGAUGACCUCCGUCGCGCUGACGUUGUUCAGCGAGGGCCUGGGGCUGACCCAUCAUCGAAGCAUGGGUAUUGGAUUUGCAGUUGCCGGCAUGGGGAUGAUGGGUGUGAGCUUUGCGUUGACGGCUUGA